AUGGGUCGUGUUCGUACUAAGACUGUGAAGAAGUCCUCUCGCCAGGUGAUCGAGAGAUACUACUCUCGCAUGACCUUGGAUUUUCACACAAAUAAAAAGAUCUUGGAAGAGGUUGCCCUUAUCCCCACAAAGAGGCUGAGGAAUAAGAUUGCCGGGUUCUCCACUCACUUAAUGAAGAGGAUCCAGAAGGGUCCAGUCAGGGGCAUCUCACUGAAGCUUCAAGAAGAGGAGCGUGAGAGGCGUAUGGACUUUGUCCCCGACGAGUCAGCUAUCAAGACUGAUGAAAUCAAGGUUGACAAAGAGACCAUUGAUAUGCUUGCCGCUCUUGGUAUGUCAGACCUUCCUGGGCUUACUGAAGUUGAGCCACAGGUUGUCAUUCCCACCCAAGGUUUUGGCCGAGGUGGUGGUGGCGGCCCUGGAAGGAAAUACUGAAAUGGUAUUUGAGUUUUUUGUUUGCAUUUUUAAAGUGUACUUGAAGAUUGUUUGUUUGCAAUUCGGUAGUUUUCCUUUUGAUAUCUGCUCUAGUAAUAUGUUAAGUGGAACUUUUUUUUUUCGUUUAGUUUGGAUGUUUGAUUUGAAGACAGUAGAUUAUUAAAUCGAUCCUCCUACAGAUAUUAAAGUUUUGUCAUUUAAUUAACUUUUGUUAUUAUCAACUUAAAUCUUUUCGUC